CACGAACUAAAUACAUCGAAUGUCAUGAAUGCAAGCGUAUUCUGAGUUCCGAUUAUCCGACAUCCAAUUGAGGAAGCUGCUUCUGGUCCUCCACUAUGGUAGUCCUCUUCCAUGAUGCGCUUUCCCGUGGGGAAAAUGUUUCUUAGACGUCACUGCCGCGCAUUCUUUUUACCACCAUUCCACCAUCAUCACAUGUAGACUGUAAAGUCUCUUCACUGCUCAUAUAAUCGUUGCACGUCCCAUUCUCUCGUUACAUUGCACCACACAACUCCAAGCUUCUUCUGCUCGGAAUCAAACUAUCUUCACACUCUCGUUAAUCCGCUUGGACCACUUUCAAGAUGCGAUCAUUCAUUCUGGGAGCUUUGCUGCCAGCAUUGACAUGGGCCGCUCCAGCAGCAAAACGUGACGAUGCUGAGCCCACGCUCAUGACAUUUACCUUUGCGGGCGAGUUGGUGACCGCAACCUACUACGGUACUGCAACCUCCACCGGGGCGGAAGCUUGUCCCACCGAGACAUUCACGUACGACGGAGCUGUCAUUACUGUUCCAUACACUGGACCUGGUACUCCUCAAUCUUGCUUGACUGCUGUCAGCUCGGCGGCAGCACCUUGUCCCACUGAGACGUUCACAUACGAAGGGGUAGUCAUCACUGUUCCAUACACAGGACCCGGCACGCCUCAGUCCUGCUUGACCAGUAGUGAAUCUACACCUACAUCGGCUUCGCAAGUGGAAAGUUCUGAACCGAGCACGACUGUAUCGGCUCCUACGGAGACUUCAGCACCUGCAAGCGUCGCCACAAGUUCUCCUACCACCAUUGCCACGGGUCCUGGUGAUGGUGGACCUUCAGUAGCAACAUCCGACCUGGUUUCACCAACUACUUCAACUUCGGUAGCGGCCUCUACCUCCUCAUCAUCGAGCACUGUAGCUAAAGGAUUCAACUAUGGCUCCUCUGGCAUGACACAAUCGACUUACGUAACCCAAUUCAACCUCGCUCGUGAUCUGAUAGGAACCUCUGGAUUCACAUCUGCUCGUUUAUACACCAGCAUCCAAGAUGGAACAACGGCCGGCAUCAUCUCUGCUAUUCCAGCCGCAAUCGCUACCAAGACGUAUCUCCUCCUCGGUCUCUUCUAUCCUAAUGUUGAUAACGAGAUCGCCGCACUCACAGCUGCUAUUGAUGAAUAUGGAACUGACCUUGCUGAUCUUGUACUUGGUAUCUCUGUUGGAUCGGAGGACCUAUAUCGUGAUUCAGUACUUGGCAUUAACGCCAAUGAGGGCACUGGAGCGACUCCGGACGAACUUGUUUCAUUCAUUCAAGCUACACGAAAUGCCAUUGCGGGCACAGCGCUCUCGAGCACGUUAGUUGGACACGUCGAUACUUGGAACUCCUGGACCAACGCUUCAAACGCAGCUGUGAUCACCGUUUCCGAUUUUAUUGGCAUGGACGCGUAUCCUUAUUACCAGACCACCGAUGACAACGUCAUUUCGAACGGCCAGUCGCUGUUUGAGACAGCGUACGACGCUACCGUUGCUGUAGCUGGCGGCAAGCCUGUCUGGAUCACUGAAACAGGGUGGCCUGUCUUUGGAUCGACCGAGGCUAACGCAGUAGCUAGCACCACAAAUGCUGAGAUCUAUUGGCAGCAAGUCGGAUGCGGCUUUGCGUUCGACAAGAUCCCGACGUUUUGGUAUGAUCUUGUUGAUGAAGGUGCGGUUCCUAGCUUCGGAGUAACGGACGGAACUACAACACCUCUUUAUGAUCUUACAUGCUCUUCUUAGGCUAUGAACACUAAUAGAACUUUUAGUGGCUGUUGGGAGAGUCUGAAAAUGGAGAGAGAUUUUGGUCUUUUGGCGGUGCAAAGCAUUGUAAUGUAAUGUUGAUCACGUUUGGAAGUGCUGUAAUGGUUACAGAAUAAUAGAAAAUACAUUCAAGACGUCUUACGCC